AUGACGGGAGAGGAGGUUAGUGGCGUUGAUGUGUUUGUGCAGGAGGUUAGUGGCGUUGAUGUGUUUGUGCAGGAGGUUAGUGGCGUUGAUGUGUUUGUGCAGGAGGUUAGUGGCGUGGAUGUGUUUGUGCAGGAGGCUAGUGGCGUUGAUGUGUUUGUGCAGGAGGUUAGUGGCGUUGAUGUGUUUGUGCAGGAGGUUAGUGGCGUGGAUGUGUUUGUGCAGGAGGUUAGUGGCGUGGAUGUGUUUGUGCAGGUUAGUGGCGUGGAUGUGUUUGUGCAGGUUAGUGGCGUGGAUGUGUUUGUGCAGGUUAGUGGCGUUGAUGUGUUUGUGCAGGAAGUUAGUGGCGUGGAUGUGUUUGUGCAGGUUAGUGGAGUGGAUGUGUUUGUGCAGGAGGUUAGUGGCGUGGAUGUGUUUGUGCAGGAGGUUAGUGGCGUUGAUGUGUUUGUGCAGGAGGUUAGUGGCGUGGAUGUGUUUGUGCAGGAGGUUAGUGGCGUGGAUGUGUUUGUGCAGGAGGCUAGUGGCGUGGAUGUGUUUGUGCAGGUUAGUGGCGUGGACGUGUUUGUGCAGGAGGUUAGUGGCGUGGAUGUGUUUGUGCAGGAGGUUAGUGGCGUGGACGUGUUUGUGCAGGAGGGUAGUGGCGUGGACGUGUUUGUGCAGGAGGGUAGUGGCGUGGACGUGUUUGUGCAGGAGGUUAGUGGCGUGGAUGUGUUUGUGCAGGAGGUUAGUGGCGUGGAUGUGUUUGUGCAGGUUAGUGGCGUUGAUGUGUUUGUGCAGGUUAGUGGCGUUGAUGUGUUUGUGCAGGAGGUUAGUGGCGUGGAUGUGUUUGUGCAGGAGGUUAGUGGCGUGGAUGUGUUUGUGCAGGUUAGUGGCGUUGAUGUGUUUGUGCAGGAGGUUAGUGGCGUGGAUGUGUUUGUGCAGGAGGUUAGUGGCGUGGAUGUGUUUGUGCAGGAGGGUAGUGGCGUGGACGUGUUUGUGCAGGAGGGUAGUGGCGUGGACGUGUUUGUGCAGGAGGUUAGUGGCGUGGAUGUGUUUGUGCAGGAGGCUAGUGGCGUUGAUGUGUUUGUGCAGGAGGAGGUUAGUGGCGUGGAUGUGUUUGUGCAGGAGGUUAGUGGCGUGGAUGUGUUUGUGCAGGAGGUUAGUGGCGUGGAUGUGUUUGUGCAGGAGGCUAGUGGCGUGGAUGUGUUUGUGCAGGAGGCUAGUGGCGUGGAUGUGUUUGUGCAGGAGGUUAGUGGCGUGGAUGUGUUUGUGCAGGAGGUUAGUGGCGUGGAUGUGUUUGUGCAGGAGGCUAGUGGCGUGGAUGUGUUUGUGCAGGAGGCUAGUGGCGUGGAUGUGUUUGUGCAGGAGGUUAGUGGCGUGGAUGUGUUUGUGCAGGAGGCUAGUGGCGUGGAUGUGUUUGUGCAGGAGGCUAGUGGCGUGGAUGUGUUUGUGCAGGAGGUUAGUGGCGUGGAUGUGUUUGUGCAGGAG